AUGGCUUCCCAAUUCCUCCGUUUCAUCCGUCGUCCUCUCCUCCUUUCCAUUCCCCUCGGUGCUUCGGUGUUGAUGUACACCACUCCCACGUCUGUGAUCCGCUGUGACUAUGCGACACGGGUCCCAGGACAACCAACUUGGUACACUACGCCAUCGCCACUGGAGGGGUGCGAACGGCCAUUUGGGUCCAUCGAGCCACGCACAGUCCGACAGAUUAGCUUAGGAAGCGUGCUUGGGUUGGUUACAGGCGUCGGUCUGAGGAUAUUUUCGAGAACUUUGACGUUUACUUUGGGGGCUGCGAUUCUGCUGAUUGAGUGGGCGGCAUCGAAGGGCUACAACAUUGUGCCCACGGAUUUCCUACAGAAAUACGUGAAGUCUGUUGACGUACGACGCGCCGUCACUGAGAACUUGGCAUUCAAAGCUAGUUUCGGAACUACAUUGAUGCUCUCAGCUUUCUCGGAAUUCUAG